AUGGUUACAAAUGAUAAAAGUGACUUCUGGCAAGGAACUUAUUACGAUUUUUACUUUAACUCGGGCCAUGUCUAUGGUAUUGAACUCAAAGACGAUUUUGUUUUUAAGGUCUGCGUAGAAGCAGAGUUCCAUACGCUGUACGAUCAAGCUGGCCUCAUGAUAUACUUGGACGAGAAACACUGGGUGAAGGCAGGCAUAGAAUUUAAUGAUGGACAACCCUUAAUAGCUAGUGUGGUAACCGAUGAACUAUCGGACUGGGCAACAGGUAUUUUUCCAGGCGACCCUAAGAAAUUCUACAUUCGUAUUACCAAGAAAGGUACAGCAAUUUGUAUCAAAUAUUCCUCGGACGAUGUCAACUGGACCCUGUUGAGGCUAUUCUCAAUGCCGCUAAGGGACAAGUACUUCAUCGGACCCCUGUCUUGCACGCCUAAACGAGAAGGCCUACGGGUCCAAUUCAGUGAAUUGAGUAUAACGGAGCCCGGAGAAGACAUUUUACAUUCAAAUUAA